AAUAAAAAAAAAUAGCAAUUAGGCUAACGCUAAAUACUAAAAGAUGCACUACGUACAAAGUGUAACCUAACAUCGUCCAAAUCGUUGUCAAAUCUUCCGCCAACAACUUUUUUUUUAUUCCCAACAGUAAAUCGCACGCAUUACAUACAUACAUUACACGCAUCAACUCUAGCAUCCAAACUCUUUAAGGUCACGACGAGCAGCAGCCAUCAUGGCUUCAGACCUGGGCCAUAUCGCCCAGCUGUUGGAUGCGACUCUCGACCCUUCUAAGCAUAAGAAAGCCGAGAACGAGCUCAAGCAGGAGGAAAAGAAACCUCAAUUUUCACUACAGCUACUCAAGAUAGUAGCAACCGAGAACCUCCAACCCAAGACCCGUCUCGCAGGAGCACUCUGCUUCAAGAACUACAUUCGACAUAACUAUGUGGACGAAGAAGGCAACUACAAACUUCCCAUUGACGAGGUCAAUACGAUAAAGCAGGAGCUUAUUGGGCUAAUGAUCGCCUGUCCUCCAACCAUCCAAACCCAACUGGGUGAGGCUAUUAGCAUAAUCGCCGACUCCGAUUUCUGGGAUCGAUGGGAUACCCUCGUUGCCGAUCUCGUAUCGCGCUUUUCACCUGAUAACUUCAAGGUCAAUAACGGAGUGUUGGAAGUUGCACAUUCUAUCUUCGUCAGAUGGCGGCCCUUAUACCGCUCUGAUGAUCUAUACACCGAGAUCAACCACGUACUCAACACAUUUGCCGUGCCGUUCCUGAAUCUUUUAAGUGCCACAGACCAACAGAUUACUACCCAUGCCAACGACAAGAUAGCCUUGAAAGGCUACUUCGAUACGCUGAGUCUCCUAAUCAAAGUAUUCUACGAUCUCUCUUGCCAAGACAUGCCGCCCCAAUUCGAAUCGAAUUUGGAACACCUUUCGACCCUGCUACACAAGUACUUAACCUACGAAAACCCGCUGUUAGCGACAGAUGAUGACUCAGAAGCUGGCGUGAUCGAAAUAGUCAAGGCUGAUAUCUGCGAAGUUCUGCAGCUCUACGUGACUAAAUUUGACGACGACUUCGGUCGAUACGCUCAGGUUUUUGUUAAUAGCGCGUGGAACUUGCUUUCGGCAAUUGGGCCUGAAACUAAGUACGAUAAUCUCGUUAGCAAAGCGCUGCAUUUCUUGACGGCCAUUGCCGCAAACCCACGCCACUCUGUGGCAUUUAACGACGAAAACGUUCUGGGUCAAGUUGUAGAAAAGGUUGUGUUACCUAAUGUUGCGUUGAGAGAGUCCGACAUUGAGCUGUUUGAGGAUGAACCCAUCGAGUUCAUCCGCCGUGAUCUCGAAGGAUCAGACACGGAUUCACGACGAAGAGCAGCUACCGAUUUCUUAAGGCAGCUCCAAGGCAACUUCGAGCAACUGGUCACCACCGUCGCGGGAAGAUAUAUAAACCACUAUUUGGAGCAAGGCAAGACGAACUGGAAGGACAAGGAUACAGCCAUCUCGCUCUUCUUGUCGAUUGCAGCUAAAGGUGCUGUGACCGCAGCACAUGGUGUUAAGACGGUCAAUUCGCUGGUUAACGUUGUUGACUUCUUCCAACAGCAUAUUGCCAAUGACCUUGUUUCGGAUGCGGGCGUAGAGCCAAUCUCUAAAGUUGAUGCUAUCAAAUAUCUCUACACGUUCCGAAGUCAACUGACCAAAGAGCAAUGGCAAGCCGCGUUCCAACCCUUGAUCCAAAAUAUGGGCUCGUCCAAUUAUGUCGUCUACACAUACGCAGCUAUCUGUGUCGAGAGGCUUCUCUACUUAACAGAUGAUUCUGGCGUUCGCUUCUUCGGCAGAGCUGACAUUGAACCUUUCGCGAAAGAUCUUCUUGACCACCUGUUCAAGCUUGUAGAAAAGGAAAACUCGCCUGCGAAGAUGCAAGAAAACGAAUUUCUCAUGCGCUGUAUCAUGCGGGUACUAAUUGUUAUGAACACUGGUAUCUCAAAUUUCGUCGAUAUGGUUCUGGACCACCUAGUCGGAAUCACGAACAUCAUAAAAGCUAACCCGAGCAACCCGCGAUUCUACUAUUACCAUUUUGAAGCUCUAGGUGCUGUUGUAAGCUUUGGCUCGUCUGCAGGCCUUUCAAAACUGGAGGAUCGACUAUGGGCACCGUUCAACGCAAUUGUCACAGAGGAUGUGAACGAGUUCAUACCCUAUGUGUUCCAGCUUUGGGCCAAGCUGCUAGAACUUGAACCAGCUGGCAACCUGCCUAGCCAAUACCAGGCGUUGGUACAGCCUUUGAUGAUGCCAACGCUUUGGGAGACAAGAGGAAACGUCCCAGCGCUUACAAGACUACUAGCUGCCAUAAUACCUAGAGCGGCUCGUGUUAUAGUAGCAGAAAACCAUAUUCAAUCUGUCCUGGGUAUCUUCCAGACCCUCCUUGCCGGCAAGAAGACAGAGCAGAAUGCGUUCGAUUUGCUAGAAUCUGUUAUUAUAUCAAUCGAUAGGAAUGCCAUAGAGCCCUAUUUCAAAGAAAUCCUAUCUCUCCUUUUCACGAAGCUCCAAAAAGCCCCGUCUGACUCGUUCAAGCUUCGGUUUGUGCGAUUCUAUCACCUAGUAUCAGCCCGAGUGGAAGCAGGCUUAGGUACCGAUUUCUUUAUCAGCCAAGUAGACCUGAUUCAGAACAAUCUCUUCACUCAGAUCUACCUGAGCAUCAUUCUCCCAAGCUCAGAACUGCUCGUGCGCCCUGUCGAUCGCAAACUAGCCGUUAUCUCGUUCGCCAAGUCGAUGGGAGAUAGCGCUGCCUUUGCCCAGCGUUACGUUAAGGGAUGGCGAUUCACGUGUGAAGCGAUGUUGAAGUUACUAUUAAACCCGCCCAAGGUAACAGGCGGUGUUGGCGAUGAUGUAGUUAAUGAGGCGGACGUGGACGACAUCGGCUUCGGCUUAGGAUUCACAGCUCUCAACACAUGCAAGAAGGCUCCUCGGGAUGACUACCCCGAAAUCCAGGACAUUACGGUCUGGGUACGCCAAUACCUUACCGAGGCCAAUGCCCGGCAUAAUGGGGCAAUCGCUCAGUAUCUGCAGGAGAGACUCACGGAUGAGGGAAGACAAGCUAUGGCGAUCUACGUAAGCUAGAUUUAGUAGCCAGGUUCAAGGAGAGAAAAUAAGCAUAUAAAAGUAUGUGGCUUUAAAUGGAAGAAAUGACCAAGUGGGAAAUGAGCGUCUCAGGGCCGUUUGAAAAAAAAAGGAUUUGUAAAGUUGUUCUCGAGGAUCUUGGUUGUUGGGCGUAUCGUAGGCACACAGACCCCGCGGCCGUGGUUGCGGCCUACAUGAGGUAGAUAAGAUAAAAAGCUUAGGUUAGGUAGGUUUAGGGCAAGCCUAUCUCAUCUCGGCCUGAGAUAACAUGAAUGAUAAUUCACUCUGUAAUGGAGUGAUACUACCUAACUUGAUGUUUUCGUUCGAAUCUGGGAUUGUUUUAUUCUGAUAUGUAUGAUAUUUCGCUAUUUACCAA